CUACAGCUAUAUCCCAAUCUGGGGAUUCAGUCUUUCUUAUGAGACACUAAGUCAUAGAGCAGCAUCCCCCCACCCCAGAAGCCAGCCAUCAUUGGGUCCUGCCCUUCUAGGUUUGGGGUUCUCAGGGCUUCAGUCUCUGAGGCUUCUCAUGGCCAUGGGGGCCCCUCGUUCCACCUGACCAGACCGACAGCCUAGGCAAAUGAGGGCUCUGGGAAUCUUGUCUGUCUCUGCCUCCCCUCCCCUCCCCUCCCCCGGAGAGAGAAGCUAGGAUUGGGCAGCUCUGUCUCUCUGUGGUGAGAUCUGCCUUUCUUCCAAGGACCUCCACAAGCUGCAACAGGUGCCAGUACUCAGCCCCCAGGGAGCCAGACUGCAGCAGGCAGAGGGGAAAAGAGAAAAGGAAUAGAGGAGGGGAGAGAAGAGGAAAGGGCAGAAGAGAGGGGGGAGAAAAGGAGGGGAGAAGAGCGGAGCUGGCGCUUGGCACAGCUGGCAGCCCUGCAGCCUCUGCAUCCAGCCCACCCACCCGCCCAAAGGCUCGACACCCACUGUUUUCCUUGUGCACUGAGGAGUGGCGAAAAGUCAUCUCGGAAGGAUUCUUGGCAACUGGCUGGCUGGCCUCUGGCUGCCGACAUCUCUGCAGUAAUUCAUUACCCUGAAGUGCGUGUCUCUCUGCUCAAAGAGCCCUCCCCCUUCCCCAGACUCACUUUAUAGACUUGGCAUUUGCCUGAAGCCUAUCACUGCUUGGAUCGCCUGGGCAUUGCAGCCCUUUGAGGGAGAUCAGCAGCAAACCCACUUUAGCGUCCAGGAGACUGAGGCCAGGAGAGGGACAACAGCUGGCACAAGGAUCCCAGACGAGACCCCGCCCCCCACCAGCACCGCCCCUUCUAGGGCUGAAGAAGAGGAGGGCGCCCCUCCUUGCUGCUUUCUCCUCCCUUUCUCGGGAGCUGGGCUCCAAAUCCAGGGAGGCUGCAGCGGGGGUAGCAGCAGCAGCAGCAGCAGCAGCAGCAGCAGCAGCGGCGGCGGCGGUGGUGGUGGUGGUGGAGUGUCAAGGCUGAGGGACCUCGACUCUGACUGCCCUCCAGAGAGCAGGCAUGUCGACCCUCUUGGAUAUCAAGAGCAGUGUGCUGAGGCAGGUCCAGAGAAGCCAGUCUUUUCGAAGGAGGGCCGAUGAGGCAGUAGCAUCUGGAGCAGCAGCAGGACCCAGCUCCUCCCUGCCAGAAGGUGGGCCUGACACUGGAGUGGCCAGGGAGGAAGGCGAUGAUGGAGACUUCUUUUCGAAGAUGAAAUUGAUUCUGAAGAAGAAGGAAAGUAGACAGCGUUUGGGGCGGCUAGAGGGUGUCUUACACAGCAGUGCCCCUCCUCCUAGGGAGCCCCUGGGCCUUGGCCAUGCUGCCGAAAGCCUGAUGCCAACCAAGAAGGAGAUGGAAAUGCUCUUUGAGGAAGCCCUGUACACUGUAUGCUACAGAUCAGGAGUGGCAUCCCCAGACCAUGUGGUCAAUGAAGAUGAACUCUUUGACUAUCUUCAGAAGGUCUUUGGUAUGAGCUCUUCUGAACUGGAGGCAGCCCUGCAUCGAGUGAAGGAGGCCAAGCCUCCGUCCUACUCUCUGAAAGUCACCGUCGUGCGGGCCAAGAACCUCCUGGCCAAGGAUGCCAAUGGUUUCAGUGAUCCCUACUGCAUGCUGGGCAUCCUGAUCGGCCAGAGUCCUCGAGAGCUGGGAGAAAAGAAGGAGCGGAAAUUCAGCUUUCGAAAGCGAAAAGAGAAAGGAGAGAAGCGGAAUAGCGCCAGAGAGGUGCUCCCGGCCAAGUACAUCCAGGUCACCGAGGUCAAGAACAGCACCCUGAACCCCGUCUGGAACGAGCACUUCCUGUUUGAAAUAGAUGAUGCGACCAAUGACCAGCUGCACCUGGACAUAUGGGACCACGACGAUGAUGUCUCUGUGGCGGAAGCCUGCAAAAAACUGAACGAAGUGAUUGGCUUCAAGGGAAUGGGCAGGUAUUUCAAACAGAUUGUCAAAUCAGCCCGGGCUAACGGGACAGCAGGAGCCUCAGAGGACAAUGCUGAUGACUUCUUGGGCUGCCUUAAUAUCCCCAUUCGAGAGAUCCCAGUGGCUGGCUUAGACAAAUGGUUCAAGUUGGAGCCUCGAUCAAGCUCUUCCCGUGUACAGGGAGACUGCCACCUCAUUCUCAAGCUGAUCACUACUCAGAGAGACACCAACAUGAGUCGGAGAAUGUCAGGCUUCCAGGUGCAUGGACUACUCCUCAGCCAACUGCUUAAGUUUGAGCAUGGCCAGGAGCAGCCAGAAGCCUACAGCUGGAAAGGAGAACUGAGUGGGCCUGCGGUCACUAUUCUUUGCCACCAUGGAACCCAGACAGAUCUAUCAGCUCUGCAGUUGGCCAUGAUACACUGGCAGGCCAGCAGCCAGCACCACCAGGCAUGGAGCUUGGACUAUGGCUACCUUCUGGAGCUACUUGGAACCAUCCAGGAACAGUGGGGAGAGGCAGCAGCUCAGCUACCUAGAGAACAGGAGGAGAGUUUGGCCAACAGCUUCAUCUCCUUCGUGGAGCAUGCCCUCCUGCUGCUGCGCCAGCUCCGGGAGCUCUUCCCUGUGACCAACAGCAACGCCAUCAGCCGCCUUGAGUUCCUCCUGAGGUGUCUUAGUCAGAUUCACAGUCUCCAGCCCUUCCGCAUGGUCUGCCCCUUCCAGAAUGAACUACAUGUGGACAUUGCCACAGCCCUGAAGAAAGGAACUCAAGACUGGUACGAGAGACUCCAGAGGAGCCGGAGCCCCCUGGGAAAGCCUGGGCUGGAAUGUCUCCCUGGACUUAUCAGCCUGGCAGAUGCCGUGUACGACGACUUGCAGGCCAGUCACAGCGUCUAUGGGAAGCUCUUCGUCAGCAUCGUGAAGGUUGAUUUGUUUGGUAUCACCUAUCGGCAGCUGGAGAAGAUGGUCGCUGAAGAAGUCCAGGCCCCCGUGGAGGAGCUGAGCGCUGGGCUGGAGUCGGGCAGUGCCCCCGGCCUCUUUGAGCUCUACAUCACCCUGGCAGAGAUCCAGCGGCUCAGAGUCUACCUCCCCACCAAGGACAGCCCUGCCCUAGCGCUGCCAGGUUUCCACACUCAGUUCCUUCCAGCCAUCCGCCUGUGGCUGCAAACUCUUCGCGACAAGAUGCGUCAGCGACUCCAGAGAGCCGUCGAGGUGGACAAGCUGGAGCCCGUGGACCCCACCUCCAAACACAGCAGCUCGGCCGCCGACGCUGCCCUUUGCUUCUCUCAGACCCAGGAGCUGUGGGCCCAGCUAGCCUGGCCUGAAUCGGCCGAGGCCCUGGACUUAGUGACUCAGCUCACCGAGGAUAUCUGUGAGGCGGCUCUCCACUAUCCGGAGCUGCUUCGGAAGAAGGUGGACACUCGGCCCCUGGCCCUCGGCGAAGCAGUGAGUGAGCCGCUUUGCAUCGCCCUGAACAAUGUGGAACACGUUCGAAAAGCCACCGGGCAGGUGCUUCGGAGCCUGGAGUGGCCAGAGCCAGGUGGGGGAUCUCCGGGGGGCCUCCCCAGGGCCCUGAAGAACCGGCUGCUGGCUAUGGAUGAGGACCUUCAGAGAGAGGCCCGGAACAUGAUUGCACACCUGACAGCCAAGAUGGUAGGAGACAUUAAGAAGUACGUUCAGCAUAUCAGCCUGUCGCCAGACUCGAUCCAGAAUGAAGAGGCUAUAGCCCCUCUCAUGAAAUAUCUGGAUGACAAGUUGAUUCUUCUCAGCGAUUCUCUGGUGAAGGAAAAUCUGUGCAGGGUACUGGAAGCUCUCUGGGAUCUGCUGCUUCAGGUUAUUCUUCAGGCUCUGGGGGCUAACAGAGAUGUCUCUGCUGAGUUCUACAGAAGGUUUUACUAUACACUGGAGGCCUUAGUGGAAUUUUUCCAUGCAGAAGGGCAAGGGCUGCCCCUGGAGAGCCUGAGAGAUGGACACUACAAGACCUUGGAGGAAGAAUUACGCCUGAACAAAUGCUCCACCAACGAGUGCAUUGAGCAGUAUUACCUGGACAAGCUCAAACAGGGUGGGGGGACAACUCUCUCCCAGAGAUCAAUGGAACAGAAUAAGUAUGGACGGCUGAGUGUCAGAUGCUACUAUGAGGCGGCAGAACAGCGGCUGGCUGUGGAGGUGCUUCAUGCUGCAGACUUAAUUGCCCUGGAUGCCAAUGGCCUAAGUGAUCCCUUUGUUAUUGUUGAGCUCUGUCCUCACCACGUCUUUCCACUGGCCCGAAGCCAGAGGACCCAGGUCAAGGCCAAGACCUUACACCCUGUGUAUGAUGAGCUGUUUCACUUCUCAGUCCCUGCAGAGCUGUGCCGCCAUCGGGCAGCCUGUGUAGUCUUCACUGUCAUGGACCAUGAUUGGCUGUCCACCAAUGACUUUGCUGGGGAGGCUGCCCUGGCCCUGAGCAGCAUCAGUGGGCUCAGCAGGCCUCAAGUGGGCAGUAGUGUGAGGAGCAUGCAGCCAACCACUCUUCACCUCCGCAGGCCCAAAGCCAAUGUGAAGUCAGCCCUGAGGAUGCUGGAGGGAAGGAUGGACAGAGAAGCACAGGAGUUUGUGAAGAAACUCAAAGAGAUGGAGAAGAGCAUGGGAGAUGACUAAGCAGAGCUUCUUUCUGGGUGGUGCCAAGAUCUGCUUUUCCCUUCCUCCUUCCCACCCUCACCCCCACCCCAGCUGCAAAUAUCUACAUUAAGGUGUCCAGUUCGACUGGUCUUUUCAUCAGAAACUUCUGUUCAAUUCCUUCUGGUGUUACCUCAGUGGUCAUUGUGGAAGAAUCUUCUAGGGUCUGCGUUUGUGAUGUUUCUCCUUGUUUACUGUUGUGUGUGCCUCAGUCAGGCACAAUAGCUUUUAUCUGCUCCUAGGCCAAUGUGAGUUUGAUGCCUUUUCUAUGAGCACUCCCUGGGGCCACUGGGGCCCAAAUCUCCACCAGUGACAGCUAUUGCCCUACUUUCCCUCUGCCUGGAGACCCAAACAGUGCCACCCAAAGGACCCAUUUGAGCAACUGUUAGAGCACUUAGGGCAGGCUGAUUGAGACUUCAAGGUAAGCAGGUGGUGCAGGCUGAGAACCAAUCCUCCAAUCCUGCUUCUCCAAGCAAUCUAAUGAGCCUAAAGGUUGGCUCCCAAUGCCCAACCCAAUUACUCCCAGAUCCAUCCACAAGCGCCAUCCCAAUCCCUGAACAGAUUCUCUUCAAUGAAAUUAAAGUCUGACAGAUUUAGUAGCCAGUCUAUAUCUCAGGCCAGAAGAUGGUUAUCAAACCUCAAAUAAGCUAAUACAGCAGUAAGACUGUUGUGUGCAGUCUGGUGUAAUCUUAUCUAGGAAGCUCUCCUGGAAAUGACAGGAACACCAUCAAGUUUAAUGUCACAGAAUGUCAGAUCCAGAAGGGCCCUUAGUGAUCACUCAUUUAGUACAACCCCAUUUUACAGAUGAGGAAACAGAAGUAAUUGGAUUUGCCUUAAGUCACACAGCUAUUGAAUGAAAGAGCUGAGAUACGUAAUGGGAGGGCACCUGGUCCUCGCAAUAGCCUCUCUCAUCCCAGUGCUGAUGACAGUAAUUGUCCAUGGCAGAAGAUUGAUUUCCUAUGGAGGGCAGGCCCCCUGAGAAAGGCUCUUACAGUGUGGACAGUAGACACCCACCAUGGACAUCAUCAUGCUGAACACUUGGCACUAAUGCUGUGUUCUUCCUCUAAGAUUAUCUAGUUGUAUCUUCUGAUCCCAUGAAAAUGUACCUGGUCCAGAGAGAGCCUUUGAGCCGCAGAAGAUUGCCCCUCUGCUCUUAGCCUAUAAAGCUAGUCUGGGGCACCUACAAACUCAAGUGUAAAAUCCCUUCUUCCCAUUCACUUUGGAAGACCUCACAGUUAAGUCUGGACUGGAGAAUUCCCAUUCAAGCCUAGUCUUCCCCUGCCCCUCCAGUGGCUAACCAGCCUUCUGUCCCCAGGUAGAAACUAAAGUUCCAGGAUCCAUACCUGGUUCCUUCUGUAGGACUGUUGUGCUACAAGGAAGCAGCACCACACUGUUAUCCUGUAACAAAGCCUCCUAGAAUGGACAUAUCAUAAAAUCACUCACUAACAGUUACUCUGGGUUCUCAGCUUCAUUAUGACAGAUCCAAGGCAGAUUCCUCACCCGGCCUAAAAAUUUCCAAUAGUACAGCUGAUUAAAUCAUGGGGGAAACAUUAAAGUAGAUAAAAGUGUCCAGUGCUACACUUCCUGAGUAGGGUUGGCACCAAUCCCAAGUUCCAACAAGUGUAUUGGUCUCUGUGGAACCAGUUAAUCCCUUUCUAGGUUUGUCACCCAGGUUUGGAAAAUACAGCUGUAUUGAGCACUA